AUGUGCGAUUUUAAAGAAACGACGAGAGGAUUGUUGACUAUUCCGCCAGAUUUCGUGCCUUAUAUGGAGAAGCACAAAUUAUACGAAUUCUUUUAUGAAUUAGUGACGCAAUUAUUGAUCCAACAACCCGAGGAUCCAAUAGUGUUUAUGAAACAAUGUAUUCAACAUGCCAUACGAAAACGAGAUAUUGCCAGAAUUAUUCUUAUAACUCCUCCGAGUUUCGACAAAUUGACUUUCGCGAAAAUUCUUCAAGAGGAAAUUGGUAAUCGCCCCGUAACUCUAAAUGAUCUUCGUGCUUUAUCCUCUAUUGAAAAUAUGUGCUGUUGCUAUAAUGCUAAUGAGAUUGCGAUGAAAAUGAAAGAAAUGUUAAUGUCGGGAAUACUUCAUGAAUCUGGAUGGACAUUAGUUGAUAUACCAAAAAACAAAGAGGAAGCACGUGCGAUGCAGCGUGUUGGUAUAAUACCAACACACGUAAUACAAGUCAUAUCGUCAAGUGAAAACGAAACUCAAAGUAUACUUACUGAAGUCGAAGCUGAUGGUAAGACAAUUCGUGAGCUGGGUAAAGAUUGUGCAAAAUUAACGAAGAUCGGAAAACAUUAUGGGGCACCGUCGCUUUUUCGCAUAGCUCUUAUAGGUCCUCGAGGAUCAGGUCGUCACUCUUUAGCAAAGCAUAUAUCUGAGAGAUUUAAUCUCGUUCAUGUUGACUUUAAUCAUAUUCUGGAGCAAGCAUGUUCGCAAGAAAUGGCUUUAGGUGAAAUGUUGCGAUUGUGCGAGCACAGAUGUGGACACAAAUUAAAAUCAGAAGCGAGAAUACAAAUCGUCGAGCAAUAUGUACUCGGAUCCGAAUGUCUUAAGAAAGGAUGGAUUUUAACCGAUUAUCCUAAAACUAUGGAGGAGUUCAAGCUUCUGGAUAUGAUACCUACUCCACCUAAUAGAGUAAUAAUCCUUAAAGUGGACGUGCAAAUAUGCAGAGAAAGACUCUUAAAUUGUCGACAUAACAUCGUCACUGAAAAUGAACAUAAUUGUCAUUAUCUUGCAUCGUGUGAGUCUUUAGGAAUAGAUCCAGACUGUAAAUUAGAUGUUUGCUCCAAAGAUUACAAGGAUAUCGUUGAGCAAGAUCUUUGGCAGUACCAAAAGAAUAUAGAAGAUAUAAUGCGAUAUGCGGGGGAAACUGCAACCAUAAUAGAUGCAACGGAUGAGAGAAAAUUCGUGAGGGAAAAUCUGGAAGCUUAUCUGAUGCGACCAACACCGUCCGCGAAACCUAGAAUCCCACAAUUACCACCUACAAUCGAUCCACUGGACGUGGAAUUCGAUCCCGAUGACGAACCCGAUCCGAAAAUCUUCGAUGACAUACGCGCACCAGAGCCUGAAUAUUCUUUUAUCUAACAAUUCUAUAUAUUUAAAACAUCUCUAUAGAAAAGAGGCAAAUAUACAAAAUAAAUAGCAUUUUUCACAACCUUCUUUUAUAAAUUUCUUGUAUAUAUUUCUAAUUACUUCAUUAUCUUUUUCUUUUCUUCUCUCUCAUGAGAAAUCCCUUCAU